AGCGCAGAGCCUCGCCGCGUUCAACAAAGGCAGCCCGAGCGCGUGCAGCGUUUGCAACUCCAAAAUGCAGUACCAACAGUGCGUGCAGCCGCGUCGAAAACUUGCAGCUGCCUUCCUGGCAUUCGUUUUCAUCUUGGCAGCUGUGGACACUGCUGAAGCAGGGAAGAAAGAGAAGGCAGAAAAAAAAGUGAAGAAGUCUGACUGUGGGGAAUGGCAGUGGAGUGUGUGCGUGCCCACCAGUGGGGACUGUGGCCUGGGCACCCGGGAGGGCACCCGUACUGGAGCCGAGUGUAAGCAAACCAUGAAGACCCAGAGAUGUAAGAUCCCCUGCAACUGGAAAAAGCAAUUUGGAGCAGAGUGCAAAUACCAGUUCCAGGCCUGGGGAGAAUGCGACAGAACUGGAAGUCUGAAGAGAGCCCUCCACAACGCCGACUGCCAGAAGACAGUCACCAUCUCCAAGCCCUGUGGCAAGCUGACUAAGCCCAAACCUCAAGCAGAAUCUAAGAAGAAGAAAAAGGAAGGGAAGAAACAGGAGAAGAUGCUGGACCAAUAGAUGCCACCUUCUGUGGAACAUGAAAAGGACAUCAGCAAACAGGAUCAGUUAACUAUUGCAUUUAUAC